CAUUUGAAUCCAAAUUUCAUAAAUCCGUAAGAAGAGACGGAUUAAUCGCGAAUCUUCAACAUCUUUUCGCCCCAACUUCAGAAAAAUCAUUUACCACUUGGUACGGAACAGAAAUUACACCACAAUAUAUCUUUAGACCUAAAUCUCUUGAUGACCUUAAAGAUAUCGUAAAAAACGCUAAAAUUAAUGGAAAAAAGAUUCGCUGUGUUGGUCAAGGUCAUUCAUGGGCAUCAUUAUCAAUCACCAAAGAUUAUUUGGUAAUUGUAAAUGACCUAAAUAAAGUUGUUGAAAUAAAAAAGACAGAUAAAUAUGGAUGGACUGUUACUGCACUAGCUGGCACACAAAUCAAGACAAUUGAAGAGGAAUUAUUGAAAAAUACUCCAUCCUUAGCUUUUGAAUCAAUGACUGUUCCUGAUUUCUUAAGUGCUUCUGGUAUUAUUGCAGUCGGUGCUCAUGGCGGCAAGACUGGAGGUCCAGGUGUCUCUGACUUGGUUGUCAAGCUACAAAUAGUUACUGGUGAUGGUGAAUUACAAGAAUUUUCUAAUGAAAAAGAUCCCGUUGAAUUCAACGCUGCACGAUUAAAUUUAGGAUUACUAGGCAUCGCUUAUUCCGUUACUUUUCGCGUCGAGCCACUUUUUAACCUACGCGUGACUGAUCUUGUGUUCCCAAUCAAAGAUUGGCUUAAUGCCGCAAACAUCAAACGAAUUGUUUCUGAUUCAGAUACUAUUAAUUUUUCUUAUUGGCCAUUCAACAAAGGUCAUAUUGAUUUAUCAAAUGAUGACAUUUGGAUAAAACAAUUUAUUAGAACACAAGAAGCACCAACAACGACGAAAACAGUUCUUGACACGAUCUUUAAUGAGGCUGUAAUUCAAGGCGCUAAUAUCGGAAAAGAAACUUUUAUGGAACGUCCUGAGCUAACUCCAAUUGUAAAGGCAGCAGCAUGGCUAAUAUAUAAAAAGACAUUUAAAAGCGAAGUGUUGACAUCAACAGAUGCUAUUCAUUUUACUCCUGGAUAUGAAAAUAUUAAAGCCGAAGAUGCAUCAUUUGCAUUCAAAGUUGAUCCGGAUUUCACGAAUGUUGCUGCUGAAUUUUGGUAUCUCAUAGACAAGAUUGCUGAAUAUGCGAGAAAAGGCAAAUUUCCUCUAAACAUUACCGUGUCAGCUAGAAUUAUACGAGCUUCUGCUGCUUUAUUAGCGCCAAAUUUUGACAGUGAUCCGAACAGCUUUUAUUGUUUCAUUGAAAUCAACAGUGUAAAGAAUACCAAGGGCUGGAAUGAAUUUUUCAAUGAAAUAGGCGCACGAUGGAUCGGUAUCAAAGCUAGACCUCAUUGGGCUAAAGAGUGGGAAUCCUUGCCUGGCAUUAAACCAUUCCUUCGAACAAGUUUAGGAAAUCGUCUCGAGACAUUUGAAAAAGUUCGCGCUAAAUAUGAUUCUAAGAAAACGUUCUUCGAUAAUGAUUCGUUGAAGCAGAUAUUUUAUAGAUAG